CGGAGUAUAAAUUAAGUAAUAAACCUCCCAUUCUUGAAACCAUUUCACUCUUAGCUUCUCUCCUCUCUUUAUUCUUCUAAUAUAAAAGAUGGCCACUACUUCAAAUCCGGCCGUGAGUUGGUGUAUGAACGGUGGUGAUGAUUUUAGCUACGCCGACUUCUCCGAAAUCGACGGCGGCGAUCUUCUCAUGUCAUUUCUUGAUGAUACCCAUGUCGUGGCGGAGGAUUACGAUGAUGAAAGAUUGAAGGGUGUGAUCAAAUCGUUGGAAGCCGAAAUAGUCAACGUGGACAACGGUUUGUUUGAGGGUGGUCAACGGGGAAAGCCCCCCAAAGCCUCUCAACCGUCCGAUGCCGGUCAACUCCAUAGUCAAGAUCUUUCGAAGAUCAACGAUCUGGAUUUGGCAAUGAUGGAUAUGACGGGCAUGGAAAUGGAACCUCACUUCCCGACAACAAAUGAUGGCAUCAACGGUUGGUAUUUGGAACAGAAUUGCAGGAUUGAGAUGGACGGUGUGGAUGACGAAGAAUAUUGCAAUGGAGUUAAUUUUCAGGAGAUUAGUUAUCAUGGAUAUCUUUGGCCAGAAACAAAUGUCUCUGAUUUUUACCUUUGAGUAUCUGAGGCCAAACCAGAAUUGAUAUUUUUCUGAAUACGGUAGAUUUGUCUAUUUGAACUGAAUGGGGAAUGCAUUGAAAUUAAAAUCAAGCUAUUUGUUCCAAUGAAUAAAUAAUACUUCGUAUGAAUUUGUCUACUAUCAUGUGUACACUUGAUUUUCAAUAUUAAAAAGAAGAAGAAAACAAGUUGAGGUUUUUGGUAAAACAUUUGUAAAGCAUGCAAAAGCAAGGAAUCAAAUGUGCUCUUUAAUAGCCUAAUAUUAAAUUAGGAAUACUUUGUAUUUUUGGAAACUCUCUUUAUUAUAAAUAUAUCUGUCAGGUACCC